AUGAGGUUACAAAAUUGGAUUCCAGUUUUGCUUCUAGCAGCCAUCGUGACGGCUGAAGUAGACUUUGAAGUUAAUCCAGUUGACAACGAAACAGAAUCAGUUCAGCAAGAUGUUAUAGAUGAAAGCUGGAAUGCAGAGCCUGGGGAAUCAUCGAGAAUAACACAGUCCUCGAAGUUUCUUUCACUAGAGCAUCCUAUUGAGUAUAAUUUUCGAGAGCAUCUGGAUCUAACUCCCUUGCCUAACAACUUUUUGCUUGCAAGUUUUCAGUUCUAUAUGCAAUCAGAGCCAUUUGGUAUAGAUAGAGACCAGCACGAAUCCAGUGAAUACUCUCAUCACACAGUUUUCCCGAAGCCCGUUGGGCCCAUUAUGUCACAGACUAAUACCAGACAGUUACACUUGAGAUUUACACAUGGGCUAUGGGAUUCACAAGAAUGGGGCCAGCUUCCACACAACGGGUUGAAAUCUGGAGGAACAGGUGUGGAAUUAUGGGCUAUUGUGGAAGCACCAUCGAAGGAAGAAGCGUUGAAAUCAUGGAUAACGUUGGCCAAUUCGUUAAGUGGAUUGUUCUGUGCUUCCAUCAAUUUCAUUGACACUUCAAAGACGACGUUUCCGGUAUCAUCAUUCUUACCGAAAGAAGACGAAGCGAUCCCACUACUGAAUCAAAGCAACCAUCUUUACCUCAUGAGAGCAACUUUAGCCAACGAACCGGUUUGUACUGAAAAUUUGACCCCAUUUGUAAAACUUUUACCAACAAGAGGGAAAUCUGGUAUCUCCUCUUUGUUAGAUGGCCACAAGAUCUUUGAUUCAAAUUGGCACAGUCUGUCGAUUGAUGUCAAUACUGUUUGUGACGAAUCAACUGCCAAUUGCCACUUUGUUAUGGAAGAAUUUAUCGAAACAGUGGUCAACGUACCAAAUGCUUUGGCCAGAGCUGACAGACCAAUUCCGAAGCCUUUACCAGGCGACGAACUUCGUUGUGACACGAAUAGACCACACGACGCGUUCCAAUGUUUCCCGUUACCUCAAAGCAAAGAAGUUAGUUUCAGCAUCUCAAAACUAUUUGGUAAGAAAAUCCGUGGAGGCAGCUUGCUUGGCGAACAAAGCUCAAAAAUAUGUGUUCACGUUCCCUCACAUUGGGACGUUAUGAUACAGGUCGACGAAUCAUAUUUUGCAACCGACGACAACUGUUUCGAUCUCAACAAUAACAAACCACAUGAUGUUCGCUUGGAAACGACAGACUCUAAGAGUGUACUACCCUCCAAAAAGACUCCAAUAUACGUUUCCAGAGCUCUCACUGGUUAUGGCCAAGACCGUGGCGGGUUAAGAUCAGUAUUUCGUAAUCCUUCCAACGAAGCUGUGGAAUUAGUUUAUUUUGAAUCCUUGCCUUGGUUCAUGGGAGUAUACUUGUCCUCCUUAGCCAUAGAGAGUGAUGAUCCUGAACUAACUCUAGAUUCAGUAGUAAAAUCUACCUUCUAUUCCCCGGCAAGAGAUCGUGAGAGACCGACACAUUUGGAAAGGGCAAUGAUUAUCCCGCCUAACACUGCAUUCGCUAUAUCAUUCCAGUUCGAUAAAUCCUUGCUUAAAUAUGCAGAAUAUCCCCCUGAUGCCAACCAUGGUUUUGAGAUCGAAGCUGCUGUUGCUGCAGUACUUACACCAGAACGUUAUGAAGCCAGAACAUCCUCCUUACUCUUAUCUCUAUCCACUCCUGAUUUCAGUAUGCCUUACAAUGUCAUCAUUCUGACAUCUACUGUCAUGGGUCUAGCUUUUGGUACUCUAUUCAACCUAAUUUCUAAGCAACUGAUAACCCUGGAAGAAGCUGAUAAGAUACUUGCAUCGACAGGUCCUAGAGCAAAGCUGUUGCGCGUCAAAGCAAAGAUUGUAAACAUGCUACAGGGAAAUAAAAACAAGAUUAUCAAAAGCGCUAAAUAUGAAUAG